UGUCCCCGGGCUCAGAAGAAACCGCUCAGCGCUUCACAGAACAGCCGGACUCGGACGCUCGAACCGCGGUGAUGGACCAACCAGGGACCGCCACAGAGUUCAACUAUUUCCAGAAGAAAUGUGUCUCUCCGAGGUGAGAACUCGCUAAAAGUGGGGUUCAGUCACGGCGUUAAGUUUCAGAAGUGUCCUGGUGCAGGCCGGCGCGUGCUGCCCGCCAGGGACCGAACGCGUCUGGACUCCAGCGGCCGGGUGUGCAGGAUGAGCCGCGGGGAGGAGCGGCACCACUCGGGCAUCGCGGUACUAGGGCUUGUGCCGACGGAGUGACCGGCAGUCUCCCACCAUCAUGGAGGAGAAGUUCAGCAGACUCAUCCUCAUCCCCAUCGCCGCGGUGCUCUUCCUCAUGAUCGGAUAUCAGUACGUGUGCCCGGCGGGCAGCAACACCUGCUACUUCCGAAGCGACCAGAGGGGGCUUUUCCAGGGACACCCGUCCGCCUUUGAGCUACUUUCCACGGAGCCGGAGCCCGACGAGGACCUCCCGACUAAAAUCACCUCAAAAUUCAACUUCACGGAGCGGGACUUGGACCGACGGGUCAGCUUCGACAUCCGCGGGGACGACGUGAUGGUGUUCCUGCACAUCCAGAAGACCGGCGGCACCACCUUUGGCCGGCACCUGGUCAAAAACAUCCAGCUGGAGCAGCCCUGCGACUGCAUGCCGGGCCAGAGGAAGUGCACCUGCCACCGGCCCGGCAAAGCCGAGUCGUGGCUCUUCUCCCGGUUCUCCACGGGCUGGAGCUGCGGCUUACAUGCGGACUGGACCGAACUCACGAACUGCGUGCCGGGGGUGAUGAACAAGCGGGACAAGAAGAACGCGCAGAAAAACAAGAGGAAUUUUUACUACAUCACGAUGCUACGUGACCCCGUGUCGCGCUACCUCAGCGAGUGGAAGCACGUGCAGCGCGGCGCCACCUGGAAAACCGCCCUCCACAUGUGCGACGGCCGCCCACCCACUCAAGACGAGCUCCCCGCCUGCUACAGUGGGGAGGACUGGACGGGCGUGUCGCUGACGGACUUCAUGAACUGCCCCUACAACCUCGCCAACAACCGGCAGGUGCGCAUGCUGGCCGACCUCAGCCUGGUGGGCUGCUACAACAUGUCCUCCAUGAGCGAGCUGGAGCGGGGCCGCGUGCUCCUCGCCAGCGCCAAGGUCAACCUGCGCAACAUGGCCUUCUACGGCCUGACGGAGUUCCAGCGCAAGACGCAGUACCUGUUCGAGAGCACCUUCGGCCUGCACUUCAUCCGGGCGUUCACCCAAAUCAACAGCACGCGCGCCGCCAGCGUGGGGAUCAGCGAGAAGGUCAGGUGGCGCAUCGAGGGGCUGAACGCCCUAGACAUGGAGCUGUACGAGUACGCCAAGGAGCUGUUCCUGCGCCGCUACCAGUUCAACCGACAGAGGCAGCACCAGGAGGAGCGCCUCAGGAGGCGGCAGGAGAGGCAGCGGAUGCACAGGACCUACCUGGGUCAGCUGUGGAGACUGGGAGGAGGAGGAGAGGACGAGGAGGAGGAAGAGGUGAAAGGGCCUGAGGAGGUGGCCACCACAGAGGACUACAGCAGCCAGGUGGUGCGGUGGUGAGGCCGCCGCCGCCACCGCAGCACAGACGGUCAGCUGGCUGAUUCAUUGCGCUUCGCUGUCCUCCCUCCAUUAACUCGUCUCUCCUCUGCCGUGACUUUGCAGGAGCCGCGGCCCCCAUAGCUUCUCUGGACUGCCCAACGGUGUCUUAAUAUUUAUGAUGGAUGUAUUUGUCACAGCCACAUUUUUUUGUAUGUACGUUCUUUUCUAUGUCCUCCUUUGGGCACUGCGCUGGUGAAAUAAUUUAUUUGUCCAUUAGUGAGCGCUUUGAAUGUCGUCCAAGGAGAAACAAACAGACAAAAAAAUGCUGCUUAAGUUCUGCUAAAAAAAAAAACGUUUGUAAGCCUCUUCCACUGGCGUCCGGAGGGUCCUCAGUGUCCCGUCUGUGUUGAUCGGUGGAUUCUCGUGGAGACUUUGUGGUGUUUGGCUUCACAAGAGUAUCAAAGCACAAACUUGGCAAACUGCAGUGCGUUUAAUCCCCCCCCCCCCUCUUGACUGAUUAAGCUGCAACGCACAGAAGCAGGCCGAGCAAUUUCUCGCAGGAAAUGUGUUGAAUAAAAAUAUAUGCAGCAUCCAGUCAAUUUGUGCCUGAUGGACUGUCUGCUGCACAGCGGGCUCUCGCUGUAAAGAAAUGUUUGAAAAAGCUUCUCUAAAGCGCGCUGGCGAGGACGGGACGUGAAAGACAAGCUGUCAGAGCCGGUUUGAGUCCUCUUGCAUCACGGGGACAGCACAUUGGCAUUUGUACCAUUAGUGCAUUGAUCGCUGGGCUCUUUGCUUCCAAAUUGAUCAUUUAAAGUCCAAUUGACCAUGACUCUGUUGCAGAAAAUAGAAGAAUGCGUCUUCUGUUUGUUUUCUUUCUUCUUCUCCACAAUCAGGGAAACCUGGGGCUCGACCAACGCUCAAUUUACCGCAAAGAAAAAAAAAAAAACGAUUUCCGGCAGCGGACGCGGCUUUCAUCGUUCAUAUUCCUGUUUCUGUGAACGAUUGGCCCAAAAAACCAGAGACUCCACUGGCGCAGCAUGAGCAACAUGAAAGAAAAUUUGAAAGUCUAAUCUUUAGAAAGAGAAUUUUCAACUUUUUCUGCAGAAAACUUGAAAAAAAUUUAAAGAUACAGUAAUAGAAUAUUGCGCAAGAAGUCGAGAGCCUCAUGGAGACGUUUUGUGUUUUGUGAUCGAGAAAUGCACUUUGCCCUAAUUUUC